AUGAGUAUCCAAAGAGUUUCUUCUUCAGAUACUCAUAUUUGUUCUUCUAAUUGGAAGUAUGAUGUCUUUAUAAGCUUUAGAGGAGAAGAUAUUCGGAAGAAUUUCACAGAUCAUCUAUAUGCAGCUUUGACUCGAGAAGGAGUUAAUGUUUUUAGAGAUGCUGAAGAACUUGACAGAGGAAAACCCAUUUCUUUGGAGCUCCUUCGAGCAAUUGAAGAAUCAAGAUUUUCAAUUAUCGUCUUCUCAAGAAACUAUGCUAAUUCCACUUGGUGCUUGUAUGAAAUUGCUAAGAUUGUUGAAUGUAAGAAUACAAUGGGACAAAAUGUUUUUCCUAUUUUUUAUGAUGUUGAUCCAUCCAUGGUAAGAAAACAAACAGGAACGUUUGAGGAAGCUUUUGCUAAGCACGAAGAAACUUUUCAGGAGAAUAAACAAAAUAUUCAAAUAUGGAGGAAUGCUUUAAUAGAGGCUGCCAAUCUCUCUGGAUGGGAUGUGGAAAACAGAGCUGAAUCAGAGCUCAUACAAGAUAUUGUCAAAGAAAUAUCAAUUAAAUUAAGUUUAACAACAUUGAUGACUUCUGAGGGCCUAGUAGGAAUAAAUUCUCGCCUUGAGGAAUUUAAGUUGUUGAUAGGUACAGGGUCUAACGAUAUUCGCAUGAUAGGGAUAUGUGGAAUGGGAGGGAUAGACAAGACGACAAUUGUACAAGUUUUUCAUGACUUGUUUUCAUAUCAAUUUGAAGGGAGUGCUUUUCUUGCCAAUGUCAGGGAAAUUUCAAGAAAAAGUGGCCUGGUUACUUUACAAAGGCAGCUUCUUUUGAAAAUUCUAAGGGGAAGAGAUAAUAACAUAUGCGAUGAGUAUGAUGGAAUCAAUGAGAUAAUGAGAAAGUUGUGUCACAAAAAAGUUCUUGUUGUUGUAGAUGAUGUGGAUCAUAUUGACCAACUAAACAAUUUAGUUGGAAAACGUGAAUGGUUUGGUUUAGGAAGUAGGAUCAUAAUAACAACAAGAGAUAAACAUUUGUUGAUGACUCACAAGGUUGAUGAAGAAGCUCUUGAACUCCUUAUCUCGAAAGCCUUUGAAAACCAACAGCCUUCAGAAGACUAUUUGGAGUUGUCCCCACAUGUUGUAAGGUAUGCUGGUGGUCUUCCAUUAGCUCUCAAAGUUUUGGGUUCAUUUUUGUUUGGUAGACCUGUAGAUGAAUGGAUUGACGCACUAAAAAGACUCAAAAGAGAUUCUAAUAAGGAGGUUUUAGAUAUACUUCAAAUAAGUUUUGAUGGUUUGCAAGAAACGGAGAAGAAAAUAUUUAUUGAUGUUGCAUGUUUUUUUAAAGGAGAGAAGAGAGAAUAUGUAACAAGAAUUUUGGAUGGUUGUGGUUUUAACCCAACUAUUGGAUUAAGUGUUCUCCUUGAAAAAUCUCUUAUAACUAUUUCAAAUUUCAAUGAACUAUGGAUGCAUGAUUUGUUACAAGAAAUGGGUAAACAAAUUGUUAAGAGAGAAUCCAUAGAAGAGUCUGGAAAACGCAGUAGAUUAUGGGAUGAAGCGGACAUUCGUCAUGUGCUAACAAAGAACAAGGGGAUUGAGCUAGUUGAAGCCAUAAUACUUGGAAAAAAGUUCAAUGUAAGUGCAAGUACUGCAAGUGCUAAAGCCUUUUCAAAGAUGGUCAACCUAAGAUUACUCAAGAUUCAUAGAGUACAACUUCCUGAAGGUCUUGAGUAUCUUUCCAACGAGUUAAGAUUACUCGAUUGGCAUGGAUACCCUUUAAAAUCAUUGCCAUCAAAUCUUCAAUUGAAUAUACUUGUUGAACUUAAAAUGGACGGUAGCCACAUCAGACAACUAUGGAAGGGGAACAAACUCAUAAAAAGAUUAAACGGAUGGAUUUGGGACAUUGUUCAAGUCUCAAAACUCAACAAGAUUCAUAUGGAAUCUCUUGAAAGUCUUGUGCUUUCUGGUUGCUCAAAAUUGGAGAGGUUUCCAGAGAUUAUAGGAAGUAUGGAGUGCCUCUUCGAGCUUUCUUUAAAUGAAACUGCCAUUGAAGAAUUGCCUGUGUCUGUUGAGCUUCUAUCUGGACUUGUAUACUUGAAAUUGGAAAGAUGCAAAAAUCUUUCAAGUCUUCCAAGCACUAUAAAUGGCUUGAAAUCUCUUUCAACCUUGUCUCUCUCUUAUUGUUCGAGACUUGUGAGUCUUCCGAGUACUAUAGAUGGCUUGAAAUCUCUUCAAUUUCUAGUCCUCAGUCAUUGCUUUGAACUUGUGAGUCUCCCAAAUACAGUAAAUGGUUUGGAAUCUCUUUAUAUUCUCAAUCUCUCUGAUUGCUCCAAACUUGAAAGUGUGCCAGAUACUUUGGGGCAAAUAGAAACUUUGCGUAUUCUCAGAUUACAUAAAACUGCCAUAAGACAAGUGUCAUCCCUUUUUUCUAUGAAGAAUCUUUCAGAAUUAGAAUUUUGGGGAUGCAAAGGAUCACCAUCAAAAUCAUUUUUUAAGAAAAGUUCAAAUCCCAUGACUUUGAUAUUGUCUUCUUCGCCAUCUAAUUUGUGUUAUCUUACAAAGUUGGAUCUUAGUGAUUGUAAUCUUGGGGAAGGAGCAAUAACCAGUGAUUUGCUUGGAAGCUUCAUCUCAUUGAUGGUUUUAGAUCUAAGCCAAAACAAUUUUGUUUCUUUACCUGCUAGCAUCAAUCGUCUUUCUAACCUUAGAGUUCUUGGGUUGAACUAUUGCGCGAGGCUUCAAAUUCUGCCAAAACUUCCUUCCGAUGUUCGCAAACUUAAAGUAAACAGUUGCAUUUCCCUGGAAAGAUUAUCUAAUGCAUUAAGAUUAUGCAAUUCGAAUUUGUCAGAAAUUUCAUGUCACUGUUUCUUGAAACUCAAUGGUGGUGGUGAGGCAUUUUCAAUUAUGAAGGAACACCUCAAGGCAAAUCAAAGUAAUAGAUUUAGCAUGGUUGUUCCAGGAAGUGAAGUUCCAGAGUGGUUCAAGCAUAAGAGUGACGGUAAUUUAAUAAAAAUAGAAAAGCCGCCAGAUUUGAACAAUAAUAAUAGCAAGUACUUGGUGGGAUAUGUUAUGUGCUCUAGAUUUUUUGACAAUAAUAUGUCUUUUGCUAAUAUUGGUGGUCGUUCUGGCAUAAAUGUUGCUGUCUGUGAUGUGUUCGAUAACGAUCCAAGGAAGAACGGUUAUGUUGUAGAGGUUGAUUAUGAAGUUGGCUUGCGCGUGCCUAAGUCAGAUCAUCUUUGGCUACUUUAUUUCCCUGAUGAGAAAAUCAAAUGA